AUGUUUAGAACCUGUGUCGAUCCUGAUUAGUGUUGCAAAGGCGGGGAACAUUUCUGGAAACUUUCUGGAAACUUUCCAUGGGAAUUUAAACUCAGGAAUUUUGGAGAUGGGAACAUUGUCUGCCAGAAAAGUGUGUCAGUGUAAGAACCAGUGAACAACAACCUGUGAACUGUGGGAGCUGAGUCACUGCAGGGAGUGAAUGAGAGGGGGAGGAGCAGAGAUCUGUUUGUGUUCAGAGGAAGUGAAACUGUUCUUCAGUCUCUGGCAGCAGCUGAAAUGGCGCAGCAAGUAAAUCAACUGGACAGAGAAAGAUUCUGCUGUUCGAUCUGUCUGGAUCUACUGAAGGAUCCGGUGACUACUGGCUGUGGACACAGCUACUGUAGGAGCUGUAUUAACAACCACUGGGACAAAGGGGAGGAGAGAGGAAGCUACAGCUGCCCUCAGUGUAGACAGACCUUCACACCGAGGCCUGUCCUGGUGAAAAGCGCCAUGUUAGCUGAUUUAGUGGAGGAGCUGAAGAAGACUGGACUCCAAGCUGCUCCUGCUGAUCACUGCUAUGCUGGACCUGAAGAUGUGGCCUGUGAUGUCUGCACUGGGAGAAAACUGAAAGCUCUCAAGUCCUGUUUGGUUUGUUUGGCCUCUUAUUGUGAAAAUCACCUCCAGCCUCAUCUUCAGUCAGCUCCAUUUAAGAAGCACAAGCUGGUGGAGCCCUCGGAGAAGCUCCAGGAGAACAUCUGCUCUCGUCACGACGAGGUGAUGAAGAUAUUCUGCCGCACUGAUCAGCAGUGUAUCUGUUAUCUCUGCUCUAUGGAUGAACACAAAGACCACGACACAGUGUCAGCUGCAGCAGAAUGGACUGAGAGGCAGAGAGAGCUCGGGCUGAGGAGACAAACAAUCCAGCAGAGAGUCCAGGACACAGAGAAAGACGUGAAGCUGCUUCAACAGGAGGAGGAGGCCAUCAAUGGCUCUGCUGAUAAAGCAGUGAAGGAUACUGAGGAGAUCUUCACUGAGCUGAUCCGUCUGCUGGAGAAAAGAAGCUCUGAUGUGAAGCAGCAGAUCAGAUCCCAGCAGGAAACUGAAGUGAGUCGAGUCAGAGAGCUUCAGGAGAAACUGGAGCAGGAGAUCACUGAGCUGAAGAGGAAAGACCAUGAACUGAAGCAGCUCUCAGACACAGAGGAUCACAACCAGUUUCUACACAACUACCCCUCACUGUCACCACUCAGUGGAUCUACACACUCAUCCAGCAUCAGGAUCCGUCCUCUGAGGUACUUUGAGGACGUGACAGCAGCUGUGUCCCAGGGAAGCGGGGGUUACAGUAACCCACAGAGAAACAUCCCAGGACCAAAUGUCUACAACACACAGAGCUCCUUCAUAAACAAGUAUGAUUUUAGCUCGGGCGUCUCCAGAGCGUUCAGGCGGCCGCUGGCUGUGCAGCCGGUCGGUCCCAAGCAGAGAACUCCAGCUCCAAAUCAAUAUGACGUCAGCUGUGGGAGUAGAGACAGAUUCUCCUCGGUGGUCGGUACUUCAGCUUUCCUCUCAAAAACGGGACGUGACUCUUUCUAUCCAGAUAAAAACCUGCCUUCGCCAUGCCACUAUGAGGUGAACAACUAUAGGAUCCAGCACGGCUCCAAAGUGGUCUUGUCCCCCUUCAGAUCUAAAACCCAGAGAAUCCCUGCUCUCGUGGACAAACAUGUCCCUGGCCCCGGGGCCUACAGUCCCCAUAGGGCCCCCACACCAGUGAAGAAGACCCUCCUACCGAGGGGUUGUCAUUUGGCAAAAUCAGAGCCUGCCCUGGCUGUUGCAAAGGAUCCGCCCCUGCCGGGCCCCGGGCAAUAUGAUAUACAGAAUCCUGACGCCACGUCCAGACAUCCAAUGCUCACUGCGGCGUUUGCAUCCAGAACUGAAAGAUUACCACAAUACUUUUCCACCGAAGUGAAGCCGGGUCCAGGUUUCUAUGAUCCACAGAUUCUGGCAAAGCACUCCUUCUUCUACAAUGAUUCCAGAGUCUGGCUCCCGGUUUGAAGCUUUCAAGGAGAAAAAUAUCAAAUCUUCACACUCACAGAAACUCACUAUCCCUUAUGUUAAGUGUUUGAAUGUUUAAAUAAACAUGAGUUGAAUGCAUUUGACAUUUUUACAUCGAUAUUUGCUGGAAAAAGAAGG